ACUCAUGUUUUUUUUUUUUUUCAUUUUUUUGAGUAGUUUAUUCGUAACCAGCAAUCCAAUAACUUGUGCAAUUUUAUUGAGUGUUGAUAAAUUGAAAAAUGUAUAUUCGAAAAAAGCACUUGUGUUAUUUUUAAAUGCUUUUUUUUCUUUGUGUUUAAUUUAUUAAUUGAUACAAAAUAUAUAAUUUGGGAAUAGAAAAUUAUUGUGAAUAAGAGGUAACCAAUUGGGAUAAAGUGGGAUCAAAGUGAACAGGGGGGCCUUAGACCCCUUCCAAUAUUGCAAAACAAGAUACCCAACAGGUGUAAAAACGAAAUACAACAAGUCCCCACUUUCAUUUACAACGUAUCUCUUCUUUGGUCACCUACAUCUACAUUAAAUCUCUCCAACAAAAAUCAACAAUCAUCAUAAUAUAAAAUAAUAAACAAUUUCAAAUAUAUCAAGUUACUUUUUUCUCUAUAUUAUUAUUAUUUAAUUCACUUGUGUUUUGUCUUGUAAUAAAGUGUUAUUAAUUAUUUAGUUAUGUAUAUUAAUUAAAUCACUGUCAUAAAAUGAUUGAAUUUAAAAAAAUUGUUAUUUUUGGAAGAAAAAAUAAACCGGAUGAUCGUCGACUUCUUGCAAGUACUGAUGAUAUUGAUCAUGCUAAAAUAUAUCAUGCUGAAAAUGCUGCCUUCAUGCACGUGAAAAAUAAUAUUCAGCAACUUAGAAGUGUUGCUGAAGAUACAGAUCUUCUUUUUCUAAAAGAACUUCUCGACAGUCCAGUUGUCAAUUCACUCGUCAAGCUACAAGAAAGAUUAGAGACACCACCAGCUCGGAUUGAACCAGUUUGUUCAUCAAUUUGUGACGUUGCUGAAGAAAUAUCAUAUGUAUUUGAAUUAUCAAAAAAUAUUUAUGCAAGACAAUUAUCUGGAUUAUUAAAUAAAUUAUAUUUUAAAUCAUUAUUGGAGACACACGACGCAAUUGCUGAAAAAAGAAAAAAUCCACCAAGUGAAAAAAUAGAAACAAUAAUGCCUAGUGACGAGAGAACAGAAGCAAUACGUAUAGUUGGAUUGAGGCGCCAGCCCGAUGAACCUCUGGGUCUAACUGUACAAGUUGAUGAAUCUGGUAAUUUAAUUGUCGCAAGAAUACUUGGUGGUAGUACAAUAUCAGGACAAGGUUUAUUAAGACCUGGUGAAGUGAUAAUGGAAGUUAAUGGUAAAGAGGUACAUACACCAGAUGAAUUACAACUUGCAAUACAAGCUGCUAAAGAAAAUUUAUCAUUAAAAGUUGCACCAGGUAUAUCAAAUGAUGAAAAUAAACAUUCAAAAUCAAAAUGUUAUAUGAGAUCAUUAUUUGAUUAUGAUCCAUCAGAGGAUACAUUAUUGCCUUGUCGUGAAAUUGGUUUACCAUUUCAAAAAGGUGAUAUAUUACAAAUUGUUGAUCAAGCUGAUCCAAAUUGGUGGCAAGCAAGACGUGUUGAAAGUGGUGGUAUUAAACCAAAUCUUGGACCACCUGGUUUAAUACCAUCACUUGAACUUGAAGAACGUAGAAAAGCAUUUGUAUCACCAGAAGCUGAUUUUGUACAUAAAAUUGGUAUAUGUGGUACAAGAAUAUCAAAAAAAAAAAAACGUAAAAUGUAUGAAUCAAAAUCAAAUGGUGAAUUUGAUGAUGCUGAGUUAUUAUUAUAUGAAGAAGUUGCUAGAAUGCCACCAUUUAAACGUAAAACAUUGGCACUUGUUGGACCACGUGGUGUUGGAAGAAGAACACUUAAAAAUAGAUUAAUCAAUAGUGAUCCUGAUAAAUUUGGUACAAUUGUACCUUUUACAUCAAGACCACCAAGAGUACUUGAAGAAAAUGGUAAAAGUUAUUGGUUUACUGAUCGUGAUUCAAUGGAAGAUGAUAUUAAACAACAUCGUUAUUUAGAGCAUGGUGAACAUAGUGGUCAUUUGUAUGGAACAAAACUUGAUUCAGUUAGAGAAUUAAUACAUUCUGGUAAAAUGUGUGUACUUGAUUGUAGUCCAGCAGCACUCAAGAUACUACAUAAUUCAACUGAAUUCAUGCCUUAUGUUAUAUUUGUUGCUGCACCAGGAAUGGAACAACUCAAGUGUCUAUAUGAUCUUGGACGAACAACUGGAGCAAGUAACCGUAAUUUAACUUUUGAUCGACAAAGUUCCAUCAGAUUCAGCUCGAGACGUGCCAGAACUUUAGAAUCACUUGCAUCACUUUACGAGGAAGAUGAUUUAAAAUCAACACUUGAAGAAUCAGCAGCAUUACAAAGAGCUUAUGAAAAAUAUAUUGACAUGGUUAUUGUUAAUGAAGAUUUUGAUGAAACAUUUAGACAAGUUGUUGCUGCACUUGAUGCACUUGCAACUGAACAUCAAUGGGUUCCUGUCAAUUGGAUCUAUUAAAUUGCUUUGAAUUUUUUUUUUUUUGUUUCUUUUUACACACUUGCAAUAUAUCUUAUUAGUUAGUCUUUUAAUUUGUUUAUAAAUUAAUCAAAUGGAAUGAAAUAUUAUAAAAGACCAAAAAAAAAGUAAACAACAUCAGUGUAAUCUAAAAACGCC